GCAGUUCUGGACAAAGGGUUCUGGAGGCUCAGUUCAGGCUUUCACACUGGGAGAGUUGAUCAGACAGACGAGCAAGUGAAAAUGAAGUCGGCUGACAGCUUGUGCAAGUGGACGCGAAGGUUGUUGAUAUUAUCCGCUGUCGUCUUCGUCGGAUUUCUAAUAGGAUGGUUUGGUUGAUCCUGCAUGAACCUCUCUCCAAUGAAACGUAUAAAUAUACAGAAUAAACUGCUGAAUGAGAUGCAAGUUAAAAAUAUCAGAUCAUACCUCCGGAAUUGGACGCGAUUUCCACAUUUAGCUGGGACUGUAAAGAAUCUCCAGUUAGCCCAAGAGAUUCAGACCCAGUGGAAGAACUGGGGCCUAGAUUCAGUUGAAUUGGCUCAAUAUGAUGUCUUGUUGUCCUACCCAAAUAAAAGUAAUCCUAAUUACAUCUCUAUCACCAAUGAGAAUGGAUAUUCAAACAAACCAGCUCCUGGUCCCAGCAAUGAAUUGAUGUCACAGUUAACUGAGUAUUGUAUAAACAUCUUAUCAAGGGGGACGGUCUAUGUUAAUUAUGGAUGUUAUGAGGACUUCACCUGGCUGGAGAGGGAAAUGGGUCUUAACUGCACUGGAAAAAUUGUAAUUGCCAGAUAUGGGAAAAUCUUCAGAGGAAACAAGAUACAAAUUGUUCCUAAUAUGGCCCCAGCUUUGGUUUUGCACAAUACCAAUUAUCAAAUGAAAAUAAGAUCUUCACAUAUUAGAAGUUGUGAUCAAUAUGCAUUCAGAUUGAAUGUAGCUAUUGGCCUUCCCGAAAUUCCUGUUCACCCAAUCGGCUAUCAAGAUGCGGAACAGUUGCUGCGACAUCUGGGAGGAACUCCAGCUCCCAGUGAAUGGAAAGGACACAUGAAUGUUUCUUACAACAUUGGACCUGGCUUCAAGGACAAUUACUCCUCACACAAAGUCCAAAUGCAUGUCCACACAAGGAAUGAGGUGAGAAGAAUUUACAACGUCAUUGGCAAAAUUCGGGGAGCCAUGGAACCAGAUCGGUACGUCAUUCUGGGUGGGCACCGUGAUGCAUGGGUCUUUGGCGGCAUUGAUCCCACUAGUGGAGCAGCUGCUCUGCAUGAAAUUGUGAGGAGUUUUACAAAGCUUAUGAGAGAGGGUUGGAGACCUAGAAGAACCAUAAUAUUUGCCAGCUGGGAUGCAGAAGAAUAUGGUUUAUUGGGAUCCACAGAGUGGGUAGAGGACAAUGCCAAACUGCUUCAGGAACGGGCCGUGGCAUAUAUCAAUGCAGAUUCAGCUAUUGAAGGUAACUACACACUGAGAGUUGAAUGUAGCCCACUGCUCAACCAGUUGGUUUAUAAUCUGACCAAAAAGAUGCUGAGCCCUGACGAUGGAUUUGAGGGAAAAACCCUUUACCAGAGUUGGUACGAGAAAGAUCCUUGGAUAGGUUACAAGGAAACUAUCAGGUCAGCCAGAAAUAAGUGUUUUUCCUCCACCUACUUCAUAACUCAUUUCAUAAAUUAUAAAAGGGAAAGUUGUUGUCACUGGGAAUAUUUAGUCCAGAAUGGACACAUCUCAGUUCAGAUUUAGC